AUGGGUGAAGACGAGAAGGAUGCCCUCGACGCCCUCGAGUCCGAGGCCAAGGAGUGGGAGAAGGACGCUGAAAUCGAGCGAAUCCUAAACGCAUUCAGGCUAGACGCCUACGCAGUCCUCGACCUAAACCCAGGCGUUCCCGAAUCCGACAUAAAAGUAACCUACCGCAAAAAAUCCCUCCUAAUCCACCCCGACAAAACCCGCAACCCCCGCGCGCCCGACGCCUUCGACCGCCUCCGCAAAGCCCAAACGGAGCUCAUGGACGAGAAGCACCGCGCCCGCCUCGACGAGUCCAUCGCCGACGCGCGCAUGCUCCUGAUCCGCGAGAACAAGUGGACGGUGGACAGCGAAGAGCUCAAGACGCCCGAGUUCGCCAAGAUGUGGCGGGCUAAAGCGCGCGAGGUGCUCAUCGAGGAUGAGCACAGGCGGAGGAGGCUCAUGAAGGCCAUGAUGCAGGAGGAGGGCAGGGAGCAGAAGAGGCAGGAGGAGGAGGUGGAGGAGAGGAAGAGGAAGAGGCAGCAUGAGCAGGAUUGGGAGGCGACGAGGGAUCAGAGGAUUGAUAGCUGGAGACAGUUUCAGAAGGGGAAGUCGGGUGGGGAGAAGAAGAAGAAGAAGAUGAAGCCGAUUGGGUAG